AUGCCUCCCCGGAAAAGCGACGCCGCGUCGCGAAAAACGGAUUCCAGUGCAAGCGCGGCUGCCGCAGCAGCCGACAGCCGCACAACGGCUGUACAAGAUGCACCGAGCCCAGCCGCGGUGCAAGUUACGUCAGACCUCGUAGAGCCAACGGCGGCAGCCGAUACACGGCCAACAAGCUCCGGAAAGCCAGGCGCCGAGAGGGAGAAGGACAAGGACAAGGAGAAAGAGAAAGAGAAGGAGCACCCAAAAUCGCGAAACAACGAUGCGGUAACGAUCGAGGUCGGCCUCCCUGUCCCCCGCUGCCGAACGGACACAGGUCCACCGGGCGUCAAGAUGUGGAGCUAA